GCUUGUUGUCAGUGGAGGGAAUUUUGACACUUUUGUUAGCACAGAAAUUAUCGACGCGUUUUGGGAAAAGUGAUAUUUAGUCGACUGGUCUAGUUACAGAAUAGUUCUAGUAUCUUAUCGACCCAGAACGAAAGACUUUCCCUUCCCCCCAAAACUAUGAAUACAGAAGGAACACCUCGAGGCUCAUGGAGAGGUGGGAACAAGGGAUGGAGAGGAGGAGGAAGCAGUGGAGGGAGAGGAGGAGGUGGGAAUGGUUGGAGAGGAGGAGGUGGGAAUGGGUGGAGAGGAAGAGGAAGCAGUGGAUGGAGAGGACAGGGAGGAUGGAGGAGGCCGUGGAGAGGAGGGUCAGCAGCAGCAGGAGGUGGAGGGAGCCGAGGAGAUGGUGUUAGUGGAAAUCCAGCUUUAAGCUCCCAGAGAGCCCCAAUCCAGACUACUCUUGAUGGACUGUGUCCAUACAAAGGCUGGGCUCUGUAUUUCACAGACGGUUUCAUAGAGAGCUCACCCAGUGUGGAGAAGAUCAAAGUCUUUGAGAAGUAUUUCAUAUCACAGAUUCAUCUGUAUAAUAAAGAUGAGAUUGAGCGUCAGGGCAGCGUGCUGGUGGAUUACACAGAUUUAACUGGGAACAAAGCCGUGUGUGAAGCUCUCCCUGACAUUGUGACAGACCUGCGGGAACAGCCAGACGUGAUACUGAACUGUUUGGGUGUGGCCAUUCAUCAGGUGUUGACUGCAGAUUUGGAAAAACAAGCUGCAGAGCUCCAAGACGAGGAACUUCCUGUUGCUACACCAAUCAUCAAUAUUCCUCAUAUCAGUGUGAGGCUGUAUAACUAUGAGCCGCUGACUCCACUGCGGACUCUGCGGGCCAGCGUGUUCGGCCGGAUGGUGUGUGUGAGAGGAACCGUGGUCCGGGUGAGCAGCAUCAGACCUCAGUGUACCAGGAUGGCGUUCAAGUGCCAGACCUGCGCCAGCACUCUGACCCUACCACUGCAGCAUGGGAAAUAUGCAACACCCACGAAGUGUAUCCAGCCUGGAUGUCGUACUCGUUCCUUCAUCCCUCUUCGAAGUUCUCCCUCCACAAAGACAGUAGACUGGCAAACCAUCAAGGUGCAGGAGUUGAUGGGUGGCGAGCAGAGGGAGACAGGACGGAUCCCUCGCACCGUGGAGUGUCACCUGACCUCUGACCUUUGCGACAGCUGCGUCCCAGGAGACGCAGUCACCGUUACGGGAAUAGUCAGAGUCAUCAAUGAUGGCAGCUCUAGAGGAAAUAAAGAUCAGUGCAUGUUUCUCCUCUACAUCGAAGCUACUUCAGUCUGCAACACCAAAGGUCAGCUGUCCAAAUGUGGAAGUGAAGGGUCAGGAGGAUCGAGGGAAGAUCGUACUGGAGGAGAGGAGUUCAGUCUGAAGGAGCUCUACGCCAUCCAGGAGAUCCAGUCACAGCCAAACCUGCUGCGACUCAUCGUGCACUCUUUGUGUCCUGCCAUCUUCGGCCAUCUGCUGGUGAAAGCUGCCCUGGCUUUGGCAUUGUUUGGAGGCAGACAGAAACACACAGACAAGAGCAGCGUCCCGGUGAGAGGAGAUCCUCACAUCCUGGUGGUGGGAGACCCUGGACUGGGGAAGAGUCAGAUGUUACAGGCAGUGUGUAAUGUGGCUCCAAGGGGAAUCUAUGUAUGCGGCAACAGCACCAGCACCACAGGACUAACAGUGAGUCUGUCCAGAGACUCUGGAACAGGAGAUUAUGCUCUGGAGGCAGGUGCUUUGGUGUUGGCUGACCAAGGCCUUUGUUGCAUUGAUGAGUUUGACAAGCUGGGAAGCCAGCAGCAGGCUCUGCUGGAAGCCAUGGAGCAACAGUCGGUGAGUCUGGCUAAGGCCGGCAUCGUCUCCUCUCUGCCUGCUAGAACGUCUGUUGUUGCUGCUGCUAACCCCGUCGGAGGCCACUACAACAGAGGGAAGACUGUCUCUGAAAAUCUAAAAAUGGGCUCCGCCCUCCUUUCCCGCUUCGAUGUUGUCUUCCUUCUUCUGGACAUCCCAGAUGAGUCACAUGACCGCCGGCUGUCCGAGCACAUCAUGGCCAACAGGGCAGGGAAAGGCAGAACCAGCAGCGCCACGGUGACCAGAAUAAGUAAUGACCCAGCGACUUCCAUCCUGCUGCAGCAUGCAGCCAUGCCACUGUCUGAGCGACUGCAGUUUCCAGCAAAUGAAUUGGUCGAUGUGAUUCCAACAUGCCUGUUGAGGAAGUACAUCAGUUACGCCCGUCAGUAUGUCCGACCCACGCUGUCUCCUGAAGCGGCAAAAACCCUUCAGGAUUUCUACCUAUCUCUGAGAUCCCAAUCACACUCGGCAGACGCCACGCCCAUCACCACACGGCAGCUGGAGUCCUUAAUCAGACUUACCGAGGCAAGAGCCAAAUUGGAGCUCAGAGAACUGGCGACACAAAGUGAUGCUGAAGAUGUGGUGGAGAUAAUGAAACACAGUCUGGCUGACACAUAUUCAGACGGCCUGGGAAAUCUGGACUUUGAACGUUCUCAGCUCGGCUCUGGCAUGAGUCAGCGAGGCGCCGCAAAGCGACUGGUCAGCGCCCUCCACUCUCACGCUCAGAGGACCAAUCAGAAGCAGUUCGACCUGCAGACGAUUCGAUCUGUAGCUGACAAAAUGAACAUAAAGGUGAUGGAUUUUCAAGGUCUUUUGAGUUCCCUCAAUGAACAGGGCUUCCUGCUUAAGAAAGGACCCAAGUUGUACCAACUUCAGACCAUGUGAUUGCUGAACACUCCUGCACAACACACUGUUUGUUGAGUUAUUUCUAAAAAUGCAAAAAAUACAAGAAAACCUGUUUGAAUAAUAUUCUUAAACGAGUAGAGGGAAUGCUGACAUCAGGAGAAAAUAAGGGAGUAAAUCCAGCCAAAAACCCCUAAAGUGCUUCUUUCUGGAUGUCUACUGCUGCAUUUGACAGAAAUACUAGUAGCUAUUGUUUACAUACCAGCUAAAGUGCGUGAAUAUGCUAAUUCUUUGCAGGCUUUAUUUAAUUUCACUAUAAUUGUUUUCAAAAAUGAAUGUUCUCUUUAUGUAGAUAAAUGUGUAAAAAAUGUAAUACUACUGUUUGUGCAAAUUCUGUUGUAAAUGAAUUAUUCUUGUUUGUUUCUGUCGAUCGUUUCA